UAAUAAUAACUUCAUAUAAAUGAAAAAUAUCGCAUUGUUUAAUUAAACAUAUAAACAAGACAUACAAUUCAGCAACGUGCAACUUUCCUUUAUGUUUCCAUCAGUCACUUUUAAAACGAUGCAUUAUGCAUCAAUCGGAAGAUUUCCACGCGCUCUUCGCAACAUUCCAUGAUCCUGCUAUAAUGAUCAGUUGCGAAAGUUGACCACAUCAGUAUUGUCCGUGGCUCACGCAGCCGAAUAGAGCGACGAUAAGUGUCGGUGUAUUAGAACCUCUAUCUACUACUAUGUACGUCCUAUUAAACGUUCGUAUGGGUGACUGCGUCAUUCAGAGAAAUGAAAGAAAAACACAGCGGCGUUGCGGUGCUGGGAAGACGCCGGUCCCCGCGGUUGUUUCCGACUUGUCAAACGCCGGGAAGACACGUCCGCGGCAGACAUCGUGUCACAGUCUGGACACGGUCGAUCAGUGACGCGGAGACGAGACGUCGGGUAUGCCAGCGAUGUACGUGCCAAUGUCCGCCGUGAUUUUCCUGCUACGUCUAAGUUCGAUCGCGACCUAUCCGAUCUAUCCGACGACGGAAGUCGUGCGCCGAUCUGACGCCGCGUCGAGGAAGUGCUGCGUCGCCGGUUACGCGUUCAACGAAGACCUCGAGUGCGUCUUCGCGGAGCCGGAGAGGCUGAAUUACAGCACGCACGACGUCCGGCGAAUGAUUCAACGUCCGCAGCGAGUCACCACGGUGAUCGCGUCCGUGCAGGGUUUGACCUGCGGCGACGUGAGGGACGUCAGUUCGCGACAUCGCCCGCGCGAUGACUUUCCCGGUAUCUAUUCCAUUUUUCGCGUGCCGAGGAACUUUUGCAUCGAGAACAUGAUCAACGGCACCACGGUGCUGAUCAAGUGCGCGGAGGCUGGCACGGAAAUGACUCUGGACCGAGAGAAUUCGACGACCGUGGUGACGAAAACCACGACGACGACGACGACGAUAACGACGACGACGAUCAUCACCGUGACGACCAUCACCACUAUUACUACCAUCAACGUGAGGAACGCGUCGUCAAAGAAUGAGGAUGAGACGGAGAUCAUUUACCACUGCAACGAUCUGCGAGCGGUAUUCUUCUGGGGCGCGCAGACCUACAUGGACACCAACCUGGCCCACGUCGUUCUCUCCACGAUCGUCGUAGUGGUGUACCUGUCCAUCCCGGAACUCGGCAAAGGCAUCUACAAUCGCGCGGUGCUCCGUCACAACGUCUGCCUGCUGUUACAGGGCUGCUUCCUAUUGUUCCUCGGCUAUUGUAACCUGUGCGGCGUCCCGAUCAGCGACGACUUCGAGACACUCCUGUGGAUAGUGAUGCAGUACUUCACGAACGCCACGGUGUUCUGGCUGAACGUGAUCUGCUUCGACAUGGCCCUGUCGAUCACGCGGUUCCGCUGGAUGAUGGGAUCCGGCCAGCAGACGUGCCAAGAGGAGAACCGACGGCUGCUGCUGUACGGCGCCCUCGCGUGGGGCGGCGCCCUCCUGCCCGCCAUCGUCGCCGUCGUCUUGGAAUUUUGCCCCGGCAUCCCGGAGGAUCUCCCGUUCAAGCCGAAUUACCGCCGCUACCACGACGGGCCGAACUACGUGGUGAACCUAUAUUUCUUCGGCAUACCGCUGCUGACGCUCUUCUGGAACAACGUCCUAUUCGCGUUCACCACGUACAAGAUCAUACGGAUACGGCGGAGCACGGAGAUAGCGACGAGGAAUCAUACCAACGCCCUCAGGAAAAAAUACUUCCUCUUCUUGCAGCUGUACCUGCUGAUGGGCGCGCCGUGGUUCUUCGGCCUCCUCCUCGCUUGCAUGAACAAGCUCGUGGUUAUGAAGAUAUGCCGGCUGAUAUGGCCCAUUCUCUGGUUGCUGAUGCUCGCCACCCACAAGAAGUUGCGGCGGAAGCUCAAGUUGCGGUGCGUUAAGAAGAAGCGGAAGAUCGUCGCGACGAUCUCGUCGCGACAGCUCCAGUGAGCGACUCUACGCGAUCUGGAAAUCGUAGACUCGCCGAAAAAAAAAAAAAA